GAUGGGGUGGGGGCGCUGGCAAGGUGUCUGCGACUUGCUGGAGGAGGGGUGGGCAGGCAGACCCAGGCUGCUAAAGCUAGCAGGGAGCAAGAAAGGAGGUGCCAAGAUCAAGGUCAGAUCACAGUUAAGGAAGGGCUGGGCCCUGGGGAGUCCCAGUAUUCGCGGAAGUGAAAGCGCGGGAGAGUAUGUAUGCAGAGGGUGUGUGCGCCCCAUAGACGUGGCAGCUCCGGGUAGGGGACAAGCUGGGGCAGCAGGCUCUUCUUCGCAGGGCUGGCCACCAGUCCCCGGGGAGCCUUGCACCAGGCGGACAAUGCACCAGGCUGGCCAACGUCCCUGGCCUUCUGCAGCUGUGAACGGCUCAGGGCAGGAGCCCCAAAGGCAACUCCCAGAGGUGCCGGGUGGGACCUGGGAACCACCAAGAGGGGAUGGGCUACCCCUGCUCACCAUCAUUGUUGCUGCUUUUGUCCUGCUGGCUGUCUGUAUCGUGGUGGCUGUCCACUUUGGGCCAAGACUACACCAGGGCCGUGCCACUCUCCCCGCAGAGCCACCAGCCCCAAAGCCGGAAGGCGGCAUCUACCUCAUCCACUGGCGAGUGCUGGGCCCCCAGGAUGCUCAUGGAGACACCUGGCAGGAACCUCCUGUCCCUGGCUCCUGCCCCGUGCCAGAUGGGCCUAGGCUCAGCGUUGAUGAAGUCACAUGUCUGUAGGAGGGACACUUUGAAAAGUUGGACUGACCUGGCUCACAACAAGAAACUGGACAGAGAAUUAGGGCAAAAGCAACUUGGGGUCUGGACAUCAGAGCUUUGGAAAUGCACACAUGGACUCAGCUGGAGCUGCUCUCUCGGCAGAAUAUUUAUAGAGAAAGUGCUGAUGCGGACAGGAGAAAUAAAAGAAGCUUGAGGGCUUUGCCUGGAAACAUGCUCCUGUGAGCAUUACCAGGGCCCAAAGCUGCCCUCACAAAGCUACCUCCUGCUUUUCAGGACCAUCAGAUCCUUGACCCUCCUUUACCAAGUUUGUACCUCCUCCUCUCAUCCCUAAUCUCCUUUGCUUUUGGUGUCUGCAUGAGUCCAGCUUGCAAGAUUCCCCCACCUACCCCACCCCUGUGCGGGGAAUCUCAGAGUCUCGCUGUAGAGGUCCUGCCCCCAGUGCCCCCAGGUUCUGUGAGAGCUAGUCAGGGAGAGCCGAGGCAAAGAACCUAGGGGUCUGCCUUCUCUGGUACUCAGGAAAAGAAGGAAAAUCUGUUGCCCUUCACUGAUCAGAAGAUAGCCCUUUGGCUCCUGGGGCCUAACCCUCUUCAACAACUUCCAAGGCCCUUGUAAAGCCCCAAGCACCAAUUAUUCUCCCUACAUGGCUUUUGAAUGCCUCCUACUAUGUUGGGGCAAGACUUU